AAAAGUUAAUUAUAGAGUCUUCAUAAUAAAUUUAGGUGAUACUCGACUCCGAGUUUAGUCUCGCUUAAACUUGAAACAAAUGUCUAUAAUUUUUUCUAUAAAAACUAUUCAAUUUAAGUGUCACCGAAAUAUACCCUGUAGAAAUGAUGGUAAGUUAUAAGAAGAAAAUAUGCCAUUCCGCCAUCCAAUUCAGCACUAUUCUAAGCGCAAAAUCUCUCAUUUCAUAGUGUUUGACAUAUUAAAACCCGUUUUUAGAUAUAUCUUAAAUGCGUGCAGCUCCACCUUUCAAGGAUUUACUGCUCUGUUGAUUUUUUUCUGUAUUAAAAAUUUACUUUACUCUUACUUGAGCAUUAUUAUUUAUUUACUUGCAUUAAUAUUAAAUUGUGAAGUUUCUGGAGACCUUAAUAAGGGUUCAAAGCUUAACCCUAGAGAUGUUGAUUUUCGUUACUUUUGAUUACUCGUUACUAAUCGUUACUCGACUAUUAAGUAAUCAUUUAAAGUAUUCGUUACUUUGAUUACUAUGAUUACUAUACUGAUUGUGUUACUUUUAUUGGUAUUUGCAUGUAAAAUACCGCUAUCGGUAUCGAUUGACAAUAAUCAUGUACAAAAAUUAAUAACAAAUAUAAAAAAAAAUAAAAAUUUAAUUAAAAAUAAAAAUGCUGAUUUGGUAUUACCUAUUAAUUAAAAUAUAUUGUUUUAAAAAAUGUUGGUUAUUAUGUAAAAAAAUGAUCAUUUCCACGUUUUCACCUUUUAGCCUGUUUCUCCUUUGUGACAAAAUCUGUCCUGCGGUGGAAAAUGUCCUUUCAGAUGGGACUGAUGUUGCUACUAUGCAUAAGUAUUUUUUUGCUAAUUUACAAAGAUGAGGAUAUAUUGCCUUUCUAGCUUUCCACCAGUCUAAUGGAUUUUCUUUUCUGUUCAAAAGAUCCUCAGCUAUAUAAGAGCGACAUUCUAAAAUAGCUGCUGCUUUUGCAUCAAUUUCUUUUCGCGCAGUUGCAAUUUUAUCAAAAUCUGCCCAAAUUAGAUUUUUCUGUUGUUCCGUUUCGGAAUCUGCUUCUUCUAGUAGAUGCUCAGUUUCACGUGGUAAAUCCCGGCGUUCUGCACCUAUCAUUCGAGCUACUUCUGUUUUCAACCGUUCUUUGACCAAAUUGAAAUUAUGUUCUGAUGAAAAAACUUUUGAUUUAAAACGUGGAUCCAGCAAAGCACAUUUCGCCAUUAAGUUAUUAUUUUCAAUGCCUGAAAAUCUGGUUGAAGUUUUUUUUUUCAUAAUGGUAAAUAAGUAUUUUUGCUUCGGAAGUUGAUGCCGUAAAUUUAAAUCUAUUUAAAGCAGAUUUUAAACCUUAAAACUAUUAUUAUCACUUUUGACAGAGUUACGUUUUUUUCGGCGCUCAUUUCCACUGUGAUUUGCUCGAAUGGUACAUAUUUCAUUUAGUAAACGCCAUUCAGCUUCGGACAACGCUUCGACAGGAGUGUUAAGGUUAAGAAUACCCAUGGUGGCCGUGGCCGUUAGCGGCUCUCGAACCUUCAAAAAUCUUUCAAACAUAUAAAAUGUCGAAUUCCAACGAGUGAUUCAACAAUCAAUCUAUUGUUUUUGAAAUUCGAUAAAUUUAUUAUUUGAUUUUACACUCCUGUGAAAAAAUUCGACGAUGGUUUUUACUUUUUUGCGCAGAAAUUUAAUUUCAUUAAGAUCUAGUCCACUUUAAACAAUUAAAUUUAUCGUGUGAGCAAAACAACCAAUUUGUCCCCAUUCCGUCAAUCGUACAGCCGCUUUAACAUUUGCAGCAUUAUCCGUAGUUACAGUACAAACUUUUUCUGUAAUUUCCCAUUCAUUAGCAACUCUAAAUAGCUCUUCUUUUAAAUGUUCAGCAGUAUGACUUUGAUCAUACUCUCCGCAUUCUAAUAAACAAAAAUAUAAAAGCCAAUUUUCCGUUAUAAAAUGUGAUGUAUAACAAAUAUAGCUAAGUUGACCAUAUUGAGAAGUCCAAGCGUCUGUAGUUAAAGCUACUGAAAAGGAUUUAGAAAUUAAGGCUUUCAGUUUCUCCCUUUUUUGUUGGUAUUGUUGAGGUAAAAAUGAUUUUGUAAAUGUAAAGCGACUGGGCAUGAUAUAAGAAGGUCACUCCGCGAUAUAUAUCUAAAAUCUUUUAAAAGCAUUAUUAGGGCCUUAAGACCAAUUUAGACAGCUCACCGUCUCGUCAUUGCUAGAAGUAAAAAUCUCAUGUUCUUUAUCAAUAAUUUCUUGAAUAAUAUUCCUAAAAUGUGGCUUCACUCUCAUUAUCACCACACGGAUAAUGGUCACAGUGCACAGCAGGGUCACACAAAGGUUUCUCAUUAUUUCGUCAAUCCUCAGGGUUUCUUCGUGGAACAAAAACAGCAGUUCCACAUACGCUCCAAAAAUAAAUAGGGCAAGAUAGCUUAAAGUGACGUUGGAAUAGUAUUUAUAAGCUUUUUGAAAAAUCGGGUUUUCAGUGAAGAUAAACUGCCACGGAAAGAUUCCCAGGAGUGAGCAGCAAAUCAUUGAGAGGCGGAGCUGCACGCAUUUAGGAUAAAUCUAAAAACGUAUGAAAUGAGCGAUUUUGUGCUGGAUUGGAUAGCGGAAUAGCAUAUUUCCUUCUUAUAACUUACCUUCAUUUUACGGUGUAUAUUAAUUAUUAGGCCUCAAUCAAGCUUAAUGAGAAUACUGUUUAAUAUUAGCUAAAUUUAUAAUAAAAAGCCUAUAAUUAACUUUUUAACCCCAAACUUAAUUAUUCACGCAUUAUUUAAUAUUAAUUUAAAAAUUGUAGGAUUAAGCUUUAGCCAAAAAACUUCCCAAUUUAAUAUUAAUAAAGAUAAAUAAAUAAUAAUGCCCAUCUAAGGUCCAUUAAUUAAUUCCCUAAAACCUACAUGUGUCUUCUACAACUGAAAAGGGUUGAAAAUCCUCAACUAUUAAAUUUAAAAUUAGGGUAUUUAUUUACUGCUGCCUAGAAAGAGGAAUAGGUCUAAUAAUAUGACCAACCAAUGAAGUUUGAGUUUUUCUUUUUUUUUGAGGACGAUAAAUUGGUUAUUUGGCCGGAAAUAGAUGUACCUGCUGAGGAAAAAGUUUCAUGAAGAUCCUGUACCUGUUCAGGUUCACUUAAAUAAUUGUUUUUAGUAUCAGUUUCUGGUAUUACUGGCAAUCGAUGUAAUUGUGCAGAUACUAUCGAAGCACCCUUUGCGGACGACGUAGACGUGCUGCUUUCUAAAAAAUAAUAAGUAUAAACUAAAAUAAAUUACUUUCCCAAAAAACCACCACAAUAAUUAUUAUUUCGACCUUGACUCGUUGGCCGUGGUUCUAAAAAGGUAUGAUGUUUUGAUUGCAAGUGUUUCUUUAAAUUUGAUGUUGAGCCCCCUUUAUAAGAAUAUUUGGAGCCGCAUAUAUUACAUUUUGUAUUUCCUUCAAAAAGAGUUGUAAAAUGAAGCCAGAUCCCGCUUCGUUUUCCUUCCAUUUCAAAGUCUACUGAGUACUGACUUAACUAAAUCUAAAAUGUUUGCAAGAAAAAAUAUGAUAAAAUUGUAUAACUUUGUUAAAUUAGUCUUACCUUUUUUAUUUACAAUGGAGGUAAAUCAAUUUUCUUUUAAUAAUAAACAAAACAGAAGAAAUAAAUCAUAAAAUAAAAUAAAUCACAUCACAAUAGCCACAAUCUACAAUGCCCACAAUAAACCACCCGUCAUAUAACCUAAAAUCGACUACAUACAUACACAAACUCGGGGAAUUACCGCUAUUCGCUUCAAAGAAUAGCAAUACAGGGAUAGAGAGAGAAACAGGCAAAUUUUAAAACCUGCUGCACGUAUUCCGUCGCACGCAUCCGGCGUCAUCAUUUGUUAGUCGUUUCGUAUCUAUACUAUGUUUUCGUAUAACUCGCAUUUGAUUAUAUACACCAUACAUACGUACGGUGGUCUGCGCUUGAUGCUGUAUAAAUAGUAUAGAGUAUACGUAUUAGGUAGUAAUCAAAGUAAACAUAUGUUUUUGAAUUCGGUAUUCGUUACUUCGGAUAUCAAUGAGUAACGAGUACUCCUGUAACGAAUAGUUACUUUUUCAACAACAUCUCUACUUAACCCUACAAUUUUUAAAUUAAUAUUAAUUAAUGUGUGAAUAAUUGAGUUUUGGUUAAAAAGUUAAUUAUAGAGUCUUCAUAAUAAAUUUAGUUAAUACACAACUACAUCAUUUAAACUUGAAAGAAAUGUCUAUAUUUUUUUUCUAUAAAAACUAUUCAAUUUAAGUGUCACCGAAAUAUACCCUGUAGAAAUGAUGGUAAGUUAUUAUAAGAAGGAACUAUGCCAUUCCGCCAUCCAAUUCAGCACCCUCUAAACACAAAAUCUUUUAUUUUACACUAAACCGUUUUUAGAUCUAUCCUAAAUGAAUGCUCGCUCCUGGGAAUCUUUUCAUGGCAGUUUAUCUUCACUGAAAACCCAACUUUCCAAAGUGUUAUGUGUAUAAUUUAUUUUCUGUAUUAAAAAAUUAACUUUGCCCUUAGAUGGGCAUUAUUAUUUAUUUAUCUUUAUUAAUAUUAAAUUGGGAAGUUUUUUGGCUAAAGCUUAAUCCUACAAUUUUUAAAUUAAUAUUAAAUAAUGCGUGAAUAAUUAAGUUUGGGGUUAAAAAGUUAAUUAUAGGCUUUUUAUUAUAAAUUUAGCUAAUAUUAAACAGUAUUCUCAUUAAGCUUGAUUGAGGCCUAAUAAUUAAUAUACACCGUAAAAUGAAGGUAAGUUAUAAGAAGGAAAUAUGCUAUUCCGCUAUCCAAUCCAGCACAAAAUCGCUCAUUUCAUACGUUUUUAGAUUUAUCCUAAAUGCGUGCAGCUCCGCCUCUCAAUGAUUUGCUGCUCACUCCUGGGAAUCUUUCCGUGGCAGUUUAUCUUCACUGAAAACCCGAUUUUUCAAAAAGCUUAUAAAUACUAUUCCAACGUCACUUUAAGCUAUCUUGCCCUAUUUAUUUUUGGAGCGUAUGUGGAACUGCUGUUUUUGUUCCACGAAGAAACCCUGAGGAUUGACGAAAUAAUGAGAAACCUUUGUGUGACCCUGCUGUGCACUGUGACCAUUAUCCGUGUGGUGAUAAUGAGAGUGAAGCCACAUUUUAGGAAUAUUAUUCAAGAAAUUAUUGAUAAAGAACAUGAGAUUUUUACUUCUAGCAAUGACGAGACGAUUUUAGAUAUAUAUCGCGGAGUGGCGGCUAAUACAGCAAGAAACAUCAAAUUCUUGUAUGUACAAGUGGUUAUAAUGUGCCUGAUGCACCAUCUAAGGCCCUUUUUCGUCGUAGAUAUAGUGAAACGCGGUAACGAAACCGUAGCUCUAUGGACUUUUCCGGUUUCAGUCGCGUUACCUUUUGAUGUACAACGUAAUUUUUGGGGAGCGUUUUGUUUCUCCAGUUCCAUGGCCUUGAAUGGAGCAAGUUUCUUGACUUACAUUGAUGCCCUCAUUUUUUCACUGAUAGCAUACGCUGUGGGACAAUUGAAAAUCUUACAUUAUAUUUUAAUUAAUUUUGAUGAAUUUAAAGGGAAAUUUGGACCAGAGAUGGGAAACUUUCUUGAUGAUGAACUGUUAUCAGUAUUGACUUUUAAAAAGUGCAUUAACAUGCACAGGGUUAUUAUCAAAUACAUCGACAAUUUUAAUGCAGGCAUGAGCGUAUUCAUGGUUUUCGAUUUUCUGCAAACUUCGCUGCAGUUGGCCUCAAUAAUGAGCGAAUUUAUUCUGAUGGAUUUAACUGUGAUGACCGUUUGUUAUGCUGUAAGUUUCUUAAUAAGUUCAACGUACAGGCUCUAUAUGUUUUAUUAUUUUGCUAAUGAAAUUAUGUAUUUGAAUGAGACCUUACCGUUGUCGCUAUGGCAAAGCAAAUGGUACCAACAACCAAAAAGAGUCAAAUAUAUGAUGCAAAUAUUCAUACUGAAAUGUCGAACUCCCUUGGUACUAACAAUUGGAUCUUUUGGAAAAAUGACUCUGUCGACAUUUCUCUCUGUAAGACUCUCUCAGAUCAAAACAAGCAUUUUUUAUCCACUUAUUUUCAGAUACUUCAGGCCAGCUAUUCAUACUUCACCCUCAUCUACACCUCGCAGCACAAAUAACCAAUAAAAAAUGUAUUAUUAAAGUGGAUAUAAAAUUUAUUGAGCAAAGGCUUACAUUUGUUUCUAUAAACAACAACAAAAAAAGACCUUUUUGUCAUCCAAAUAAAAAAGAUAACAUUGUAAUAAUUCUAAAAAACGAAAAUCCUUAUAAAUUAAUGAUAUAACAUCCGCAACAAAACAGCAAACAAAAAAAAAAACACAGAUGGACGGCAUCAAAUAAAAUGUUCCCAGCGGGUUCCCCUUUAAUCCUGAAUGACCAUUCCUUUUUUGUUCGCUUUGUGGGCUUCCAACACCGCUAUCGCCUCUUCAACCUAUGGAUAUACAAGUUAUAAUACUCGUGGCCAGUAGUAUAAAUAUUCCUUGAGUGUAAAUAUUCAAUGCAUUAAGAAUUCUACAAUUUUUCCUCAAUUCCAUUUUUCAAUUUCUAAAUAUGAAACUUUUUAGGUAAACUUGGGCUUGAGGCAACUUGUUCAUGAUUAUUAAAGGGUAAUUUUCUAUAUAAAGAUUCACCUUGAAAAUUACCUAAAAGUAGCAACAAUAGAAAAAAUUCAUUCAGUAUUCAUAUAGACCAUGAUAAUAACUUUAACUUUUUAUCAUCAGACUACGGUGGUUCCUAAAUUAAGUGCAAAAAAACUCCGGAGCAUUGCCAAUUUUUAAAUGAAAUUAUUAAGCAACAAAAAUCGUUCUUUCUUUGAAUUAUUAAAAUAGUGAAUAUUAAAAAACGGCAACAUGGCCUCAAUUAGGGAAAUCGUUAAAGCAGAAAAGCGUUAUUAAAUAUUUUCGGUAAAUCCCCUCAGUUAAUCUAAAGGAAAUAUAAACAUAUUUUGAUUGGUUCUUAAUUUAUGCUCAAAAUUGUUCGCUAAUAAAUGAUAUACCCCAAAACAUACAUUUUGGUUGACAAAAUUGCUAUUAAUUCUGAAAAUUUUGACAAGAAAAAUGCUCUCUCCUCUGCUAUCUUUAAGAUGUGUAAAAUAACGUUAAAAAAAUCAUUAAUUUAUACUAUAUUGCUGUUUUUAUGUGGGAAUAACAACAAUAUAAAUUAUAAUAAUUUUUGGCAUUGUCUUGAUAUUCUUAAAGAAAUUAUUAACCUAUUAAUCUACAAACCUUGUUCUGUACUAAUUUAUAAAGAUUAAAUAAUUAUGACCUACAUAUUACACCUCAACAUUAUAAACCAAACUUAUAGUUUUUUAAAUGAAACACCCUCUAUAUUUAUAGACUAUCAAAUUUGUAUUGUUUUACUGUUCAAAUAAAUGACAAUUUUCUAAAAUUAAAUGUGUAAGAGAAGCUUUGGAAUUGUGUUUCCAAAGCUAAGUGAGUUGUUAUGCCUAUAAAAAUCUCUAAUAUAAGUUUAUGAUUGUUAGAUAACCGGAAAAAGAAGAACUGUUUGUUUAAAGCAAAUUUAAAUGACCACGGAUUUUUUGUUCACCUUCGUUCUUAAACAUACAACAAAGAGAACACGGAAAGGAAAGACAUCAUCCGUACAAAUUUCAUAUGGAAUAGCUAUAUGAAACUGUUUUGGCAGUGGUAUUUGCAGCAACACGAUGCUAUCGAUUUAUUUGGAAGACUUGUUAUCUUGUCAGACGAAUGCUUUUUUCAAGUUCGAGCAUUUUGAAUAGUUACAAUACGAGGACGCUUCGGAGUUGCAGUGUCAUGUUUUAGUUUGGCGGAUAAAUAGUUUAUACAUUUCUACAACUGUCUGGGCUUUUGUUUGGCUCAAUUUGGUGGUCACUUUGAACAAUUUAUUUGAAAGGUUUUAUUUGUUUAUUGUUGAUUUUUGAGAUUUUGAGGAAAUUAUUUUGUCACUGUCAAAUAUUUGUCUACCUGCUUUGAAGUGUAAAGGUAAUUGAGGUUACGAGGUACAGAAAAAGCAAACUUUUUCAUCAGAAAAACGUAUUUUAAAUAGGUUUCUCGCAAUUUUUUUUGCAAAAUAAUGGGAUUUUUUAAAGUCUGUUAACUUAAACUUCACUUGUUCAAAGUUUCAAUCCUAUCGAUUAAAUAGAACAGGUUCUGACAUGGGGUUGAAAAUAUUACACGUAAAACCCUAUGACCCGAGAUAAAAAAAUGCACUGUAUAUGUAUGUAUGUAUUAUUUUAGGUGUAUCCUACCUAAGUGUUUGUAUCACUUAAAGAGUUUAUUGAUUUGUCUAUAUGUAUUUUUCAAUUAUUGGCAUGUUCUAAAUUUUCUGAACUGUUAAGUUUAGUCAAUUCGUAUUUUUACUUAUCUAAUAAAUUUAUUUAUUUUCUAAAUUAGGCAGCAUAUAGCCACUUCAGUUUGACGUUGCUGUGUGAUUUUUGUAAUCAUUUUGUUGGCAAAUAAAGAAUUAUUUUAUUUAUC